UCUUCAUGUUUUCUUUGCUUCCAAACAGCACACAUUCCACGUACGAACAUAAUUUUCUCGCCAACUUUCUCCAGGAAACAAAAAUUCUCAUGCAAAAAUGCAGUUUGUCCUCUCUUGACUCAAAUUUUCGUAUCUGUUUUUGUUUUCAUCGUAUAGGAUUAGAAAUUAUACAAACUUAGAUGAAGAUGAGAUCGGAAAAUGAAGAUCAAUGUUUAGUGCUACGAUCAAAAUCGGAGGAUACAACUCGUGAUUUUCACAAAAAAUCAAAACGUUCAUAUUCUAGAGAAUUUCUCUUUUCCUUUGCUAAACUUGAUACAUGUAAAAAGUUACCUACUGGAUUUGACAGUUCAACACUAAGAGAACUUAAUGAUCAAUCAACUAGUGUGUUGCACUCGUAUCAUGAUUCAGAUGCUAGCAGAUUUCAAAGCAGUCUAUCUCAUUGUUCAAGGCGAAAUCCUGAGCAAGGAAUUUUGGGAAGUGGUGCAAGAGUUCAUAGAGAUAUAGCAGAGACUAUUAUUCCAGUAGUUCAAGGCAGUGGCUUCCACCUACUCAACAGGAGUAUUGAACCUUAUCGGCCUCCACAUCUAUGCAAGGCAAAAUAUUAUUCAGAAAGAGAAAGUAAGGACCAUUACAAUGAUGAAACCUUUGGUUCCCCUGAUAAUCUGAGUCAAGACAGAGCAGAGGAGGAAAAAAUAAGAAGAGAUUCAUUUGAAUUGAUGAGGAAGGAACAAGAAAUGGUUACUCAAGAAAAGCAAAAGUUCAUCUGUGAUGAUCAUACAGAGAAUUUGAAACCAUAUAUUGCUAUAGCAUUGGAGGAUUCUGAAGGUGAUUUUGAGUCCAAGGGAUCUGAGUCUCGUGAUGUUAAAGAAGGUCAAUCUGAGAACCCUUUGGUCUGUUCCUCUGACUUAACUCAUCUGCUUGCUGAAGGAGAGAAAAUGACUGCUGUUGAUCAAAAGGCCAUUGAGCAUGACUCAACAAAAUCUUCUUUUGGAGCAAAUGGAUCUGGUCACAAUCUAAUGAAAUCUGUUCCCAUUCCUGUCACAAAGCGAACCUCUACGGAAUUGUACGGACCUUGUAAUCCAGGAGUUAUUUCUUGUGAAAGCUUGGAAGAACCAAUUCUGUCAGAGAUCAAUGGACAUUGUUCAACUCAGAGAUCAAAUUGUUCCUGUUACGAUGAAGAAUCUCAGAACAUACUUUCAUUGUUACGGAAAGAAGCAGGCUUGACAGACCUGGUAGAAUCCUCAAAGCUAAAUAAUACAUGGUCCUUGGAUAAAUCCUAUGUUUCUGAAACUGAAAUUGACAACUACCAGCUAAACAAAUUUAAGAAGAAUCUUCAUGGACCUAUCUCUAGAUCAACAAGCACCAAAAAAGACUUGACAAGCAGGUUCAAAUGGGAUGAUUCAGUGAAGUCUCGGCCAAUUGGAAAUGUCGAAAGCAUCGAAUUCUCGAGCUUUCUUGUGCAAACUAGUGCAAGUAAAAGAAGCAGUGAUCUUCAAGAUGCGCUAGAAUCAAAGAACAGUUCUCUGUGCAGUUAUGAUGAGCUUGAGAUUUGUUUGCCAGAUGAAGAUAGCUUGAUAACCGUAGAUGACUACAUACUUCCACAAGAGUCCUUGUUUGUGGCAGCCGAUGAGAACAGAUUCGAUCUAACCGGUUUCGAAAGUUCUGCUUUCGUUCACCGUUCUCAUGAUCUUACAAGCUCGGAAACUUAUUUUAACAAUCCGUACAUGCAACAAUCUAACCCACAACUCCGCCAUUCUCAGCUGAAAUCAACGAAGGAACGAGUAAGUUGUUCCGAGUACGAAACAAGCCGAAGGAGUUCCAUAAUCAAGCCUAGAGAUUUAAAAAGCUAUGCCUACAAUCUACAAGCUCUUCAGCACUUCCAUACAAAUGUGCAUCACACACCCUCCCAAUAUUUUCGAGCUGCUGCAACAGGAUUUGAUCAUUGUAUGGGCUAUCAUCUCCCUUGCCAACAAAUGUAUGGGCUGCCAAUAGCUGCAUUUCCUCAACACACUUCAGAUCAAAUGGCUUGUUAUGAACACGACCAAGACGCAACUUUUAAUUCGUCCCUGAAUUUUAAUCGACAAUUUUAUAACUCUCUUCAAAAUGCCAGUUCCAGGCCUUCCGAGAUUGUAAUCGAGAGCGAAGCCGAUGGAUCUUCGUACUUCGGCUGGCCAACUGUGGAAUCAGUUUGGAAAACAAAUUGAAAACAGGCCUUUGGCAGAGGUAUUCAGCUACAAAUUUUCAGCUUUUUGCUCAACUUUGCAAUUGUUUAGCCAGAUUCAUCUUUUGUUCAAUCUUCUCAAAAACCGCUAGGUAGGUUUAAAUACAGAUCGAUAAAAACGGAUAUAGCAUUUGAUAUUUGGCUUUUGUAAACAAGGAUGAAAAGGAAGUUAUAUUACUAAAAACUUGCGAAAAAACCCCUACAUUUACUCGUAAAUAAUCGAAUUUAGGCUAAUAUAUGUGUGAGUGUCAAAUGUCGUAACUAUUCUAAGCUAAGCUUAUGAUGUGUUGGUUAAAAUGUCACAAGUUUUUAUACUUUAUUAGAUUUAAAAUUUAUUUUUAAAUUUAAAAAUUUUCAAAAAUUUUCAAAUUCAAAUUAAACUGUUAAUAUUAUUAAUUUUUGUUGUUAAAUUUGUUAUUGUGAUAUUUUAAAAUUAAAAGAAUACUUGUGAGUCAUGUAACUAAAAUGACUUUAUAAUAAAUUUAAAUUAAAAAUAAUAAUUUUUAAUAGUGUUAAGAGUUAGAACUCAAUUUUGAAAUCUAAAAAGUAAAAUAAUUAAAUUCCUAAAAAAAACAUAGGGACUAAAUUCUAAAUUUACAAAAGCACAAGGACUUUGGCAUAUUUAACCAUUUGAAAUAUCUUGUCCUCCGUACGUAUACGCAUCUAACACAAAGUUCUCCGACAAAAAAUGUCGGGAGCAACAUAGGAAAAAAACCGACACUGAAAUUUGUAUUUACCUCCAUAGUAGCAGCAUAGAGAAUACUGUGUUUAUAUAAGAAAAUAGGCAUAAUAUCACAAUAAAAA